GAGAGAGAGCCAUGCAAACGCAUGCAUUGAUGAUAACGAUAUGUACAUUGAGGCACGUCACCUUUUCUCACUUGAAAUUGCAGGUGAACAGAAGUAGUUGAGAUGUAGUUGGCCCUCGCCUUUACCCUAGGAUAAAAGAUAUGGAAGAGUACCAAAAACAGAAAAAAAGGGCCUCCCAAUUUCAACCCUAAACAACAAUUAAUCUCUCUCUCUCUCUCUCUCUCUCUCCUUUUGGUUUCUUGUGUGUCUGCACGGACCAACUUCUUCUCACCUUCCACCACCUUAACUCUUUGAAAGCUUUAUAUACUUCUCCUAUCAAACAUUAAUUCUCUCUUCCUUUCUCUUCAUUCUCUAAUUAAUUAACACCUCAGAUUAAUUAUGGAAGGUCAUCAAGAGCCUAAUUACCCACCCCCAUUAACCCCAUCAUCCUUAAUCUCAUUGCCAUUCUUGUUGCCACCCCAAAACCCUCUCUUCACACCCUCAUCAGCAUCAACAGCCCCAUCCUCCUCCUCACAGCUGAUCAGCCCUCCUCUUCUAGAACCUCAGCAGCAUCAAGUCCUCCCAGACAUUGAUUGGGUCAGCCUUCUCUCUGGUUCUCCUGCAGCUGUGUUUGAUGGGCAGGAGAUUAAUAAUUAUAAGCCACUGGUAGAAAAUAAUAAUGUUGGUGCCUCUGCUGAGAAUAUUAAUGAAGCUGAUCGGGAAGGAAAGGGUGCAAAUAGUAAAAGGAAAGGUGGGGGUAGGAUGAGAAAACCAGCGAGCCGGCCUAGAUUUGCUUUUCAGACCCGGAGUGCCGAUGAUAUUCUUGAUGAUGGUUAUCGCUGGAGAAAGUACGGACAGAAGGCCGUCAAGAACAACUUAUAUCCCAGGAGCUAUUAUCGGUGCACACAUCACACAUGCAAUGUGAAAAAGCAGGUCCAGAGGCUAUCUAAGGACACGAGCAUUGUGGUGACAACAUAUGAAGGAACUCACAAUCAUCCCUGUGAGAAGUUGAUGGAAACCCUAACCCCUCUUCUUAAGCAAAUGCAGUUCCUCUCUAGGUUCUGAUUCAAAAUUAAUUAGCUCGCUAGUACCAAAGGUUUAAUUGCUAUAUGAACAUACAGAAUGCACAGUGCAUGAUCUUCUAUCGGAAAUUAAUUUGUACUUAUAUAUGUAUUAACCUUAUUAACUGUGGACUAUCUGAGAAGGAAAAAGAAAAGAAAUGUAAAGGUCAAUAUACCGAAAUCAAUAUGUCAAUUAAGCUCUUGUAUGUUAUUUGGUACCACUAAUAAACUCCUCAUUUGAUUCUUGUAUUC